CGUCCUCGCGCCUCCCGUUUUGCUUUUUUGCGGUUUCCGAGAUCGAACAGCCAUCGGUUCGCUCCAGACCUCCUCUCAUAAGAGCCCGUCUCAGCCGCUGCCUCGGCCUUGGAUCACAUCUCAUCUGCCCACCCCCACCGUCUCUGCCCGUCGGCCCACCGUCUCUUCCACGACCAUGUCUGCCACUCGCAUGCUUUCCUCCCUGAGCCUCCGCGCCUCGGCUCGACGCUCCUUUGCCGUCAAGGCUGGAAACGGUCUCUACGAUGAGACUGUCAACAACCUGCUCAUCAACAAGAACACCAAGGUCAUCUGCCAGGGCUUGACUGGAAAGCAGGGCACCUUCCACUCAAAACAGGCCAUCGAGUACGGCACCAACAUGGUCGGCGGUGUUUCUCCCAAGAAGGCUGGCCAGACCCACCUUGGUCUCCCCAUCUUCGCCUCUGUUCGCGACGCUGUUGAGCAGGUCAAGCCCGAUGCCUCUGUUAUCUAUGUUCCUCCCCCCGGUGCUGCCAAGGCCAUCAUCGAGGCCAUUGAGGCCGAGGUCCCUCUCGUCGUUGCCAUCACCGAGGGUAUUCCCCAGCAGGACAUGGUCCGCGUCAUGAAAGUCCUGAAGACCCAGAACAAGACCCGCCUCAUUGGACCCAACUGCCCCGGUAUCAUCAAGCCCGGAGAGUGCAAGAUCGGCAUCAUGCCCGGCCACAUCCACCUGCCCGGCAAGAUCGGUAUCGUCUCCCGCUCCGGCACCCUCACCUACGAGGCUGUCGGCCAGACCACCGCUGUUGGACUCGGCCAGUCCCUCUGCAUCGGCAUUGGUGGCGAUCCCUUCAACGGCACCAACUUCAUCGACUCGCUCACCGCCUUCCUGAACGACGAUGCUACCGAAGGCAUCAUCCUGAUCGGUGAGAUCGGUGGCUCUGCCGAGGAGGAGGCUGCCGAGUUCCUGAAGCAGUACAACCUGACCCGCGAGCAGCCCAAGCCCGUUGUGUCGUUCAUUGCCGGCCGCACUGCCCCUCCCGGCCGUCGUAUGGGCCACGCCGGUGCCAUCAUUGCUGGUGGCAAGGGCAAGGCCGAGGACAAGGUUGCUGCCCUCGAAUCCGCCGGUGUCAUCGUUUCUGCUUCUCCCGCCAAGCUCGGUGUCUUCAUGAAGGAGGCCAUGGAGAAGCUGGGCCGCGCCUAAAUCCUCUGAAUAAACUCCGUCAUAUACACCCGUGCCGCACCUCACCCACUACUUCUCCCUCGUACUGCGUGUGCGGGACACCCUUGGUCAAGCUUCCAUGGGCUCGACCGACCGGGCUCGCCCACCUCCUCCCACCUUUUCCUCGACUUGUCUUCACUGUACUUGUUUUGUUUCUCCAUCCCCAAACCCUUUCCUCCUUUCUCACUACUCUCGCCCACUUCCUCCAGCGCUCGCCCUCUUGCUCUUCACUGUCAAACGCAGCCGCUCUUGGAGUACAGCCCGCAUCUGUUGUCUCAUCUGAUUUGUAUCGAGAACCGUUGUUUGUUGUGGUUGCUGCUGUUGUUGUUGCUGUUGUUGGUUCUCUGGUACUCCACCUGAAGGAGCUUGGUGGAUGUCAAUACAGGCUCGUGUCCUUA